AUGGACGAGGAGAAUGGGGAGUCUGACCUGACGACAUGGGAUCGUCUUCUCAACGAGCAGACAGUACUCUUCCGGAAGACGGCCGCGAGGAAUGCGGAGCUCGAAGCGCAAGUAGAAGAACUUGAGCGGGAGCUCUCCGUAUGGAAGGCUGCACUCAAGACUGCGGACGAGGAGAAGAAGACUCUGAAUAAAACCAUCCUCCGGCUCGAGCGCAAUAUUGGCUCUUUGAGAGAAGACAACCCUCUCGUCCUGUGUCUCAUUGACGGCGAUGGAAAUAUCUUCUCCCCCGAGCUUAUUACUUUGGGCCAGGCAGGAGGGCGCCAGGCUGCCAUGCUCCUUACCAAAGGCCUCACAGAUUAUCUAUCGAACACAGAGUCUGCGGAGGCAGCUUCUGGACGCGGUCAAAUCUGGCUGACAAUCUAUUGCAACAAGAGCGGGUUGGUGGAGACAUUGACGAACCACAGUCUGUGCUCCGCCGAGCAAUUCGAGGCGUUCGUAGCUGGAUUCAACCAAGCGUCACCGUUGUUUUCAAUUGUAGACGUUGGAAAUGGUAAAGAGGCGGCGGAUGCCAAAAUUAAAGAAUGCCUCAGAGUUUUCACGCGCUUCCCCCAAACAGUACGAGUAUUCUUCGGAGGCGCACAUGACAAUGGAUAUACAUCUACCCUCAACUACCUCCAGAAUGAAGGUCUCUUAGACAAGAUCGUCCUCCUUCGCGGCUACAAAGACCUUGCACACGAACUAAAAAGUCUAGGGCUUCCCCAUCUCGAGAUUGAAGGCGUCUUCAUGACGAAAAAGCUGCCCAAUAACUCAUUCAAGAAGAUCACCGGAUUCAGCCAGCUGCAGAUGCUGCCGUCAGUGCAGCUGCAGGACUUCGAGAAAUUCCGCAGCAAAGCCAUCAUUCCUACCACAACCCACCGGAGCCCGACCAAGCGGCCAAGGCGUCUUGAUCCCGAACAGCCCCUCCAUAAACAAAAACCCCCACCGUGCAAUUUUUAUUACCUCGCUGAAUGUAAACAGGGACAAAAUUGCCGCUUCGGACACGAUUAUGUCUUGCUUCCUGAGCAAGUUGUCGAACUUCGUGAGGCCUCUAAGAAAUGGCCUUGUCCUUCGGUCAAUAGAGGUCAACCGUGUCAUCUUGGUGAUGCUUGCUGCAUGAGUCACGUUUGCCCUAAAGGCCCUCGUUGCUCAUUUGCCAAGGCUGGAAAGUGCAAGUUCAUUGGUGAGGGCAUGCAUCGGGACACGUCGUCAUAUCGCGACAACCGCAGCGAACGCUCCAACCAGAGCUCCAGGACAACGAAUUCAUCAUCUCACGAAUCAGCAGCACCGCCGCCCGCGAGUUUGACGAACAGCGAGAUGUACUUGCCCAGUGGACACGAAAUAGGAAUGAUGCUUACAUCCGGACCAUCAAAUAACAACGACGCCGAACAUAACAACAACUCCUUGCUAUCCAGGAUCGAAUUGGACCCUGGUCCUUACGGAUUUCGAGUCCCCGAAAGGAAAAGAACUACGCGAGCACGUGCGCAAAACAGAGCACUCCUAGAGAGCCUCGGUCUUGGUGGUGCCCUCAUUCCGCCAGGUCCCAAGGCGGCAAAACGCAGAGCACCACGGAAACGCAAAGCCUCAGUCAUCAAGGACGGUAGCGAUGAGAAUGAAGAACAGCCGAAGAAAAGCGCUCGAAUUGAAGAGACUGCAAACAGCCAAGACGGGGCGGAAGGAGGUCCGCGCAGGAGUGGAAGGAACCGGGGCAAGGUCGUCGACUACAAAGACGAUGGUGCCAGUCCCAACGCGCGUUUCGUCCCACAAAUUAUUAGCGCAAAGGCUGCUGCGAAAGAGAUGGGUAAGGAACCUAGGAACGUGAGCAUGCGGAUCCAUGACCCGAAAGUUUUCGGCCCCAUACCCGGAAUUUCUGUCGGUACAUGGUGGGAGAGACGGGACGAAUGCAGCAUUGAUGCUGUUCACGCACCCGUCGUCGCUGGAAUUGCGUUCGGUCCUGAAGGCGCGUAUUCGGUGGCCCUGUCAGGCGGUUAUGAAGAUGACGUGGAUCUGGGCGACGCGUUCACCUAUACAGGUUCAGGUGGACGUGAUCUGAAGGGGACGAAGACUCAGCCUAAGAAUUUGCGUACCGCCCCGCAGAGCAGUGAUCAGUCCUUUGAUCAUCGGCCGAACAUGGCUUUGAUGAAAUCUUGCGAGACAAAGAAGCCUGUCCGUGUGAUUCGGGGAUUCAAGUUGCGGUCUCCUUACGCUCCCAGCCGAGGGUACCGCUACGAUGGGCUGUACACGGUCGAAAAGGGUUGGAUGGAAAAAGGUUUGAAUCCGAAGGGUUACAAGGUUUGCAAAUUCGCUUUAAAGCGAAUGGCGGGACAGGUACCUAUUCAAUUCAACACCGAAGGUGGUGACUCCGGUUCUGAAUCCGAUGGUGAACUUGAAGAGGUGGUGGGAGUAAAAGACCAGGCUUCGCCCUGA